GUCCACCACAACCGAAGCUUAAACUUGGAUAGCACAACUCUCUCGAGUCUCCACCACCUUCUUUUUCAGAUCGAUCGCCCUGCUCUUAUAAAUGUGACUAGUUGCGCGUUUACGGCGGCUUCAUUCUUCGUGAAAUUCGUACGACAAUGAAGUCUCCGUUUCUGUAUCCGGCACUCUCGCAAAGGAAAUGCACGCGAGUUCUCGUUCUUCAGCCAGCCGAGAAUAGAGCCGCCCAAGUUGUUUGUUCCCUCACAGAAGUAGACCUUGAUCUGCUUUCUACUAGACGAAACCCAUAUGAAGCGCUAUCCUACGUCUGGGGUUCUCCUGUUUGCAACAAUGAGAUUACCUGCGAUGGGGACAGUCUUCUAAUAACAGAGAGCUGCCUUACAGCCUUGCGAUACUUGAGAAUGAAGGCGCGCACUCGAACACUCUGGGUUGAUGCGAUAUGUAUCAAUCAGAAAUCUCUCGAGGAAAGAAACAAGCAGGUCGCGUUAAUGGGUGACAUUUAUAAAUGUGCGCAACGGGUGCUCAUUUGGCUCGGUGAAGCUAGUGAAGCCUCUGAACAGGUAUUACACCAACUUCGACGAGUAGAGAGACUUCGUAUCGCCAUGAUCUUUAUUCAGGACUUAGAUCUGCUCAGGAAGCUGCAGCGUUCAAUUUUUCCUUUGACAGAUGUGGAAUGUCAAGCAUUCAAAAUCCUGUUAGGGAAUGAAUGGUGGCGGAGAACUUGGACUUUGCAAGAGUUCCUAUUCGCGGAAGACUCAUUGGUGAUGUAUGGUAGUUUCGUCCUUAACCUCGAAACAUUGGUCCGCGGCUCGGAUAUCUACGUAGGGGACCCUCGCAUAGGGAGUCGGCAGACCUGGAUUGACUUCGUGCAAUGCUCCCAUUUGCGUGGAAUUUACCGCGCAGUGUCUCAGUCGCGAAAGUCCUCUGAUGGCAAAGACAAAAUAUACGGCCUGCAUCAAAUCCUCUACGAUUGUGGUAUAACAUUACCCGAGCCGAAUUAUGCCCUUGGUACAGCUCAAAUUUAUAAAGAAGCGACAGCGGCUUUGCUCCAGGGUUCAAGGUCAUUACGCAUACUUGAGCUGCAAGAAAAUGCGCACAAGCGACAUGACCUACCAUCUUGGGUCCCAGAUUUUGAAGACGUUCAGCCAUUGUAUUCUGCACGCAUCCAUGCCUGCACUAUAUUGCAUAAGAGACAUAUUCCAGUGUAUCAACAUGGUCGACUAGUUCUUCAAGGCCAGAUUAUCGGUAACCUGGUAACCCUUGCGGGUCGUCUUCAGUUUAAUACCCAAAGAAGCGUGGACAAGUAUGACUUGUCUGAAUUAGGUGGAGUUUUCUACGGAUUACUCAAAAUCACCCAACCCCAAGACAACCCCACCGCCAAGUAUCAUGUGGAUGUACUACAACGCACUCUCUUAGACACGCUUACAGAUUCUGAUGGUCUUGUAAAGCCCCGAAUAAGCAGGGCCGCCAAGCGUAACUUUUCAGAGCUAUUGGAGUUCUUGAAUGACACGUGCGAACACAAAGACAUCAAAGCGGGGGUAGAAGAGAAACAAAGAAAGAGCUUGGAAGUGUUUAAUCAAGGCGAAUCAGGGGUAGGUCGAUUUUCAAAAAGGCACCAAAGUAUGGAAUAUCUUUCUCUUCUUCGACAAGUAGCUUCUGAGAAUGUCGGGAGAGAAUUGUUUGUGGCAAGUAGCGGCGAUGUAGGUCUAACCCAUGCAGACGCUAGAAUGGGCGGCCUUGUGGUUUUGUUUCCUGGAGCAUCCAUGCCUUAUAUUAUACGUUGCGCUGGAGAGCAUCAUCUUUUCAUUGGUCUCGCUCGUGGUAUGUACAAGUAUCGGCAGGAUCCAUACGUGGCUUGGAAGGAUGAUUGGGGGAAUUUGGCAAGCUUCACGUUAAUAUAG